AUGAUAGAAGAACCAGAACCAAUAGUUUCAGGAAUUCAAACGCGUAGUUUAGAAAAAUCAGAGGGAGAAAGCGUACCAUUUACUAGAAAAGAAUUAAAUGAACCACUAUUUUAUGAGCAUACAUUUCAAGCUGAAAUACACAAUAUUCCAUUAAACCAACAAGAAAACAUAAAUGAACCACCAGAAAACACUAAUGAAACAGAAUCUCUAACUAUAACAGAACUAAAUGAAACCGAAAAUGACACUCAGAACAUUCAACUCGAGACAGGAAUUUUACUCUCAGAAAAUUUAAACAAAAAUAAUAAUGAUAAAAUUGCUAAUACCUCUUAUUCACAGAUAAUAAUACCACCUAAUCUUUUACAGAUAAUAAAUAAUUUAGCAGGAGAUUAUGACUAUGAUGAAAUUUGUCAAGAGAAAAAUUCAGGUACAGAUUUUCAUGAAGUGUUGACAGAUGAAACAAGAGGAAAUAAUUCUAAUCCAGAAGGUGAUCAAGACAGCCUGAGCUACGAUGAAGACUCGAACGAAGAAGAUGAAGAAGAUAACUUUGAAGAAGAAGAAGAAGAUGACAGUGACAAAGACAUUGACGAAACAUAUAACGAACUUGAAUCAGACGAUCUAAUUAACGAAACAGAAAAACAUAUGGAAACACGCGGACAGAAAUCAAGUACCAUAAACAGUCGCGAUCAAAUUUUUAUGAGAAAAGAAAAUUAUUUAUACCUUUUAACAAAGGACGGGAAACCUUGUGAUGAGAGAUCUAAACAACUUAAAAAACGAAAUUUAAUACCUAAAAUUAAAGAAAAUCAAGUAGGAAACUUUAAA